UUAACCAAAUAUGAUAAAUUCUACCGGCUCACACUUGGACUGUCAAAGCUUUGGCUUUUCAUUGUUUAGUUCUUCCGAGUGCCACUGUUAGGAUGGACGGGAAUAACUCUUCCUGAGACGAUCACUGAGAGUCUGUAUUUUAUUUAACACACUGCUGCAUUUGAGAGGAAACAAAGAAAAGAAAAAGCUUUAUCUACAAGCUGCAUCAGUCACACUGCACACUUCUCCCGGGACCAUGCUGUGCUCCUAUUUACGUCCCUCUCUCCCUCACAUUUUGCCGCUGAGGCUCCUGAGUUCUGCGGCCUCCAGGGUGGCAGCGGUGAAACAGCAUGAACUGCUCUCAGACACUCUGGCCUUUGAGGACCCCCGUGCCUUCAAGGUGAAGAGUCUGGGUGAGCUGCUUCGUGCUCUGGGCGUUUUCCGCCUCUGCUCCUUCCCAGCGCUGGUUAAUAACUGUGGAAAGUUGAUGUCGGUGGCACGCACGCUCCUGGGGAAAAGGGGUUUUUCCUUGCUGCUGAGGCCCACUGUGUAUGCCCAGUUUGUGGCUGGAGAAAAUGAGGCUGAAAUCUCGCAGUCCAUGCAGAAGAUGAGCCUGCAGGGAAUGAGACCCAUGCUGGCCGUGCCGAUCGAGGAGGACCUCGGAGAAAGCACCGGUGAGAAAAGAUACGACGACAACAUGGACACCAUGCUGGAGUGUGUGCGAAUGUCCCACAGCAACGCUUGGAGCAAAGACCCGAUGAUGCAGCUGAAGAUCACAGCGCUGCUCAGCCCAGAGCUGUGUGUAAAACUCACAAACAUCAUCAGGCAACAGCCAUACGAUCUGAAUCUCCUCAUCAGAUCAAUGGAUGGUGAGCCAAUCAGCUUCCCCGGUUUAGAUGAAAAGGAAGCUGCCCACUUACGAUCUGGCCUACUGAGACUCAACAAGAUAGCCGAGGCAAGUGUGAACAAAGUCAGAGUCCUGGUUGAUGCUGAGUACACCUACAUGAACCCCGCCCUCUCUCUUGUCGCCAUGGCAAUGAUGAAGAAAUUUAACAAAGAUGGUACCUGGAUCUGGAACACAUAUCAAUGUUACCUGAAGGACUCCAGGUCUCUCCUCUUAGACGCGCUGUCUCUAUCCAAGAAUGAGGGUUUCUGUUUGGGUGUCAAGCUGGUGAGAGGAGCCUACAUGGACAAAGAGAGAAAACUAGCGAUGAAAGAGGGUCACCAGGACCCCAUCCAUCAGAGCUGGGGGGACACCAAUGACAGUUAUAACGGAUGCCUUGAUUUGAUGCUGGACGUCAUAUCCCAGGAACCUGAGCGGUACAGGAUCAUAGUGGCCACUCACAACGAGGAGUCAGUGAGACGAGCCGUGAAACGAAUGGAGGAGUUGGGGAUAGACAGAGAUGGAGGCUCAGUGUGUUUCGGUCAGCUGCUGGGCAUGUGUGACCACGUCUCCCUUACACUGGCUAAGGAGGGUUACUCAGUGUACAAGUCAGUGCCCUAUGGAUCAGUGGAUGAAACGCUGCCCUACCUGGUGCGCAGAGCUCAGGAGAACCGCACAGUGUUGCAGGGAAUCCGGAAAGAAAGAGACCUACUGAGGAAAGAGCUCAAUCGGAGACUCCGGCUGAGUUUAAGGGGAGGCAGCUAACAAUCAACCAACACUGAACUCUGCAGUUUCAUAUUAACGUUUGCAACCAGGAGGUGGUGUGGAAAAGAUCUUAGUGGGGAAGCACUGUUGUUUAAUACACUUUCAUAUCUCUUGAAGGUGUAAUAUCCAGAAAGCUCCUGAAAACUACUACUGGGCCUGUUAUUUAGCAACAGAAGGUAAACUGAAUUAAGCAUAAAACAUUUAAUUAACAAUGAUGAUUAAGGGAGUGGCACUCCAAUUUCAUUGUACUCUGUACAAUGACAAUAAAGGCUAUUCUAUCAUGUUAAUGUGUGUGGGUGAACUGAAUAAAGAUCGGAUCAUGAGAGAACACUGUAUUUGAUGGACAGGGUAUCAAAAGAUUGCUUUUGUGUACUUUAAUGUAUGAAAUGCUUAUGAAAUGUAAUUAAACAAAAGAACAUGAUGC